GGCAGAUAACGUGCGCACGAGGGGUACAGUAUCUUAGAGGUAAGCCCUAUAAUAAGCAGCUGAUGUUCACUUCUUCAGACCGAAUUUCCGAAACUGAUUUGAAAUAUAUUCUUUCAACGAUAUUUAGAACAAAACAAAAUGCCGUACUCAUUAAGCGGCCGCAACGUGUUGAUUACCGGAGGAUCAAGAGGGCUGGGAGCUCUUGUAGCCGAGAAGUUUGCGGCCGAGGGCUCGAACAUUGCGAUUAAUUAUGUGUCCAAUGAGCAACGGGCCAAAGAGACGGCGGCAAAGAUCGAAUCCCAGUACAAAGUGAAGACGAUCAUAAUUCAGGGUGACGCCGGGGUUCAGGCCGAUUGUAUUAGGACAAUCAAGACUACUAUUGAGCAAUUGGGAGGACUCGACGUUGUCAUUUCCAAUGCUGGCUGGACGAAAUUCUCCUCCUUUGGCGAUCUGGAUGCGCUAUCUGAGGACGACUGGGAUAAGUGCUGGGCAACAAACGUGAAAGGCAACCUGCAUCUCUUCCGGGAGGCGUUGCCAACCUUCAAGACAAAUCCUGAUGGUGGAGCCUUCAUCAUCACUUCAUCCACUGCGGGUAUCUCCGCCUCUGGAAGCAGUAUGGCAUAUUCUGUCUCAAAAGCUGCAGGUCUGCACCUCAUGAAGUGCCUAAUGCAGACGCAAGGGGAAAAGGUCCGCAUCAAUGCUGUGUUGCCUGGACUUCUCCUCACUGAAUGGGGCCAACGAUUUUCCCCCGAGCUGAUUCAGGGUUAUGUAGACAAGACUGUGCUAAAGCAUGUGGCCGACCUCGAGGACUGUGCUAACUUGUACACCAUGAUCGCAAAGAAUUUAUCCAUGACAGGACAGUCAAUCGUCUGUGACAGCGGCUAUGUGAGGUAAGGCAAUUGCAAUGGGCCAUAUACAGGCAAUGCGGGAGGCAUGCGCCAUUAUAUCACUAUAUCAUACAAAGACAGAUC